AUGCGCGCAGGCGGCUGGUUGCCAUGGCUCGCCGGCAGCUGUGCUGCGUCGCUCGCCACGCUGUGGCACAUCUGGGUCACCACGCCGCCUGCGGCAGAGGCGCCUGCCGUCGACACGACCGGCAGCGGUGCAGCGGCCGCGGGCGACGCGGGCGUCGGGUCGCCCGCGGCCCUCGCCACACACAGCAGCGCGCGCAAGGCAGCAGCCGAGGUGACCAGCCAGCGACCGUCGCUGCCUAAUGCCAACGGUGGUUUGAUUCAACGGCGGGCCGCAGCACCCCAGGUCACACCGGGCAAGGGCACAUGCAGCAGCGACAGCAGCAGCACACCAAGCGACAGCGGCAGCAGCAGCAGCUGGAGAAGCGGCAGCAGCGGCCUCAUGUGGGCGCUGUGCGCGCCCGCGGGCGCGUGCGCCGCCGCGCUGCUCGUGCCGCCCGCGCGCGGCGUGCAGGGCCAGGGCGCGCGCGUCGCCCUCGCGGUUGGUGCAAUGGGGGCGUCCGCGCCCGCGGCGCUCCACUGCCUCUUGGUGGCGCUGCCGCGCACGACCAGCCUGGGAGAGGGCGCCCUCCUGGUUCAAGGCGUUGUGUUUGCGCUGGCGGGCGCCGCGUGGGGGCUGCGGCGCACCGGCGAGUUUGCAGCAGCAGUGGGCGAGGCCUCAGCAGCUUGGCCGCGCCUGGCCGGGUGGGAUAGCGCGGUGGCGCUCGCGCAGGCAGCUGGGGGCAGCAUCCCUUGGGCUGCCGUGUGGUCUUCAGAAGCCGGUUUUCUGCGGGGUGCGGCGGCCGCAGACGAGCUGCUGGCUCCUUUUGUGUCCCUGUUAGUGGCGAGCGUGGUGGCUAUCAGCUCUGCCGUAUGGGUAGGCACCUCCUGCGCUCGGCAUACGCCGCCAGGCCCGCGACGCCUGCUGCUGCGAGGCGCGGCGGCGCUGCUGGCCACGGCGGCGUCGUGCAUGCUCGCGCUUCUGGCGGCGUGGACCCUGCUGGUGUUCCUGCCGGCCGCGGCUCACCGCGUGUGGCUGCUCGCGUACUGGGCCGCGGUGCUGGCGGUCGCGCUGCCGGCGAUGCGGGUCGCCGCAACGCGCAAGGCCGCUCAGCAGAUCAUUCUGCGGAAAGGAUAUCAUCUUGUGGCCGCCGCGCUCUUCCUGCCGGCCUUCUUCCUUGACCUGCCGCUGCUCUGCGCCUCCCUGGCCAUCGCCUUUGCCGCGCUGGUCGCGGCGGAGGUCGCGCGCUGCACUGGAUUGCCUGUCGUCGGCGCUGCCGUGCAAGGGUUUAUGCAGGACUUUGUUGACGGCCGCGACGCGGGGCCGCUGUAUGUGACACACUUCACGCUUCUGCUCGGCCUCGCGCUGCCCAUGUGGCUCGUGGCCGCCCUGCCCUGCGGCACCCCCGGCGCCAGCAGCCGCAGCAGCUGGUGGGCGGCAGCGCGCUCGGGAGGCGGCGGCGGGGCAUCAUGUGCGGGCUCCCUGCCGGCUGUGCUGGCCGGGCUCAGCGGCAUGAUGGUGAUCGGGUUUGGCGACACCAUGGCGUCCGUCGUCGGCCGCGCGUAUGGGCGCGUGGCUAUUCACGAUGGCAGCCGCAAGACGGCCGAGGGGACGGUGGCGGGCGUGGCCAGCACGCUGGCCGCCUGGUGGGCUGUCCUCGCGGUCGCGCUCGGCGGCGGCGCGCACGCGGCCGCCGGCGCUCUGGGAGCGCUCGCGCCGUGGCCUGGCGCGGCGCAGUGGCGGCAGCUCGCGGCGGCGACGGCGGGCGCGUGCCUGCUGGAGGCGUGCACCAGCCAGCUGGACAACAUCCUGAUCCCACUCUGGUACUUCCCGCACUGCCUGCUGGUGGCCCCCGGCGGCGCGCCGUUGUGA